AGUAGGCCUAGUUGCAUUAGCAGGUGAAAAUUUGUCCAAAUCGUUUUUAUCUUCGAAGCAAUCAAGAUGCGAAAUCUCUGGAAGCUUUCGUUGGUGACGCUGGUGGUCGCCAUCGGUGUGCUUGUGCCGGGUACUGCUUCCGUCGGGCAGGACCCGAUUCUCAACCUUCCGGUUAUUGUUUUCCGGAAGGUGUCGGGAUCGCAAACGGUUUCCCCAGACGGUGGAUUAUAUCAGGACAAAUUUUGCGCCGCUUAUCGAGUAGAAAAGGAAAAUUUUCUUACGGCUGCUCAUUGCUUGGUUACCGAUUCGGGAAAUACAUUACCCAACAGUCUCGAAACAGUUGAAUUGGGACAUUUAGAAAUUGAUUCAAGUUUAAAUACUAAGUAUAGCUCGAAAUCAGAUCCGAGGGAUAUAGCAGGUUUCCGAUAUCGAGAUAGUCAUAUUGCUGGAAUGCUGAGUUUGGCAUUUGGCAGUGGAUUUGAUGACUCAUGUUCAGUUGUUGUAUUACACGACGAUCUUCAUUGGCGAAUAUUGUCGGCAGCCCAAAUCACCCGUUGCUCAGGGAAUCUGUCCGAGGAUAAAAUUUGCUACACACUAGAUAAUGCCACAAGUGGGUUGGAUUACGCAGUGGUCUGCAGUGGAAAUACUGUAUUGAAGGCUAUUUUUUAUGACCGCUUAGGAGAGGAACUGCGUUUUACGGAUUGUGCCAAAAAAAGCUGUUCAGAUAUCAUCAAAUCUGUGCAUAUGCAACGUGUCAAAAGACAGGAUACCGGUGAGACCAAGCCCGAAGAAACUAAGCCCGAAGAAACCAAGCCCGAAGAAACCAAGCCCGAAGAAACCAAGCCCGAAGAAACCAAGUCCGAAGAAACCAAGCCCGAAGAAACCAAGCCCGAAGAAUCCAAGAAAGAUGAACCAAAAACAGAGGAAGGUGGCAAAGGUGAUUCGUCUGCCAGUGCAACUUCCCCAGAUGCAUCUAAAAAAGACAAUGCACAAAAACCUACCUCAGGUGCUUCCGAUACGAAGGAUAAGGCAGAUUCCACCAGCGCAUCUGGGGAGAUUCCGCUUCCACCACCAGAUCAGUUGUUCCCAAAGAUGCCGGUCAAUUUUCCCUAUCCUGAUAUAGAAGUAGUUCAGAGUCCACCUCCUCCAACGAAGGCACGGAAGCGGCCUGCUUUCCAGGGUCUCUAUCCAGGAGCACCAAUCAUGGCAACAAUGAAACCAAUGACACCUCAAUCAAUGACUCCUCAAUCAGUGACUCCUCUAACAGAAACUCUUCUACCAGAGACUCUUCUACCAGUGACUCCUGUACCCCUCGACUCGAGCAGUAUUCUUCCAGGAUUGAUGGCGAUACCAACUGAUCCAGAAUCAGUUCCAUCCGAAGAUAAUAGCGAAGCAGAUGCUGGAAGCAUGCCUUCAUCAGCGGAAGGUGAAGCUGUGCCAUCAUCGAAUGAUUUCGCUAUACCGGACUACCAAGAAUCAGGAUCUGAGAGUAUGGAUGGACAAAAUCUGAGUACAGAAGAUACUUCUAACGCAUUUUCCAAUACUGAUCCACCCAAGCCCAGAAAUGAUCAAUUGGACAAAAAAAUACCUGUUAACCAAGAAAGGAAUGGCGUUCAUUCUCCCGAAGAUUGGCGUUUUCCCGUAUCAAGAAGACCUGGUUGCAAACAACAAAACAGCGGAAUUUCUUGCCCGACAGCGAGUCCAGGUCGGUUUCCAGGAAGGGCAACGUAUCCUUCACCAAUAAUGUCGGCACCAGGAGCUAUUCCUACCAGACCGCCGCUUGACGGUUCGUUUUUUCCUGGUUCGACAGAUGGAUCUAAUUCCUACCCCGUUCAGCAACGGCCCGGUCUAGCAACGUAUCCAUCACCGAUCAUGUCGGCACCAGGAGCUAUGCCAACCAGACCGCCGAUUGACGGCACGAAUUAUCCUGGGGCUGGGUAUCAUCCCGUCGUUCGCCCUGGUUCAAAUGUAAUCAGUUGUAGGCCAACGAAUUCGCAACCAGGACAACCUGGUCCGCGCUCGCCAGUUCAGAAACCAACGGAAAAAAUUCCUGGAAUUCAAAAAGCAGUAAAUAAAACCGAAUCGGUUAAGACCCAGAUGAAACCCACUACCAAAGAUGACGCGAGCAGCGGAGUACGGACUGGAUUUCCGAUGUGUACUCUUUUAUUAGGCAGUGCGCUUUACGCUUUGAUGAAAUUUAUUGAUUAGAAGAAAAAUUAUAAGCUCGUAAUAAAUUUAAUU